AAUGAAGUGCUGUUUAGUUAACAAAUGAAACAAGGGUCCUACUGGCUCUUGGCAGCCUCGAAAGUUUCGUUGACACAGCUGUGUUAUUAUUCUGACCUUUCUUCAUAAUAAGCACCCCACGUAGCUAUGGACUGUAUGUCAUUGCUUUGCCUUUCCCUUUCUGAUCUUGUUUUGCUUUUGUCAAGAACCUGAACCUGAUGAUGGAGAAUGAAGUAGUGACGACAAGGGUGGAAGCGAAUUCUCAUCCUCAUCACUAUGGUGGAACCAAAAGCAGUUACGAUGAUGAUGAUGAGUAUAAUGAAGAAAUAGUAGUAGGAGAGAAGCCAUCGAGAUUGGAGGUAUGGGGAUGGUACGUGUACGAGUUGUGCUCCUACAUGGUUCAGAGUGUUGUCAUUCCUGUGGUGUUCCCCCUCAUAAUCAGUCAGCUACAGCAGCUCUCCACUGAUGACGAAACCCUUAGGUACCAAUGGAUCAAUAACCACCAUGGCAUGCCGUGUCCUCAAAAGCAGAUUCUUCUGUAUAGCAAGCUCACAAACCGGACAAUAAACAUCACAGGCUCACACUUAUCUUCGUUGGAAUGGACAUCAAUUGCUUGGGGUGGAGGCCUACUCCUAGCUGCUUCAAUUCUGGGAUUCAUCUCCUUCCACCUGGAUGCCAAUCAGUUCUACGCAAUCAUCACAGCUGCAGCCACAGGGGUUGGUGUCUUCUUUUGCCUGCCUGCCGGAUUCUUCAAGACCACCAAGAUCUUCAUUCCCUACAUCGCUGGGAUCGCUCUUGCCGCCACCGUCGCCAGCACAGCACACACCCAUUAUCUCGCUCUCAUGCUUCGUCCCUAUGGAAAACCAACACCCGCCCUUAGGAGAAGAACCAGGUUCUUCCCAAGAUUAAGUAUCUCCAGCUGGUACUCCCUCUAUGCCACGGCUUUCGGUUCAUUGGGUGCAGCUAUCGUCUCAUCCUUAACCUACCACAUGCUUAGAGAACCCAGCGACCGUAACCUCUUGAGCCUUUGGGUUGUCUCAAUCUUCAGUGGCCUCAUAUGGCUCGCCGGAGUGGUGCAUGUUGUCCUCAUUUCUCCCAGCAGAAGUACCACCACUUGCUCCGUCUCACCUCUCUCCUCAAGGCUCUAUCACUCCCUUUCUUUGUUCAAAUACCCGCAUGCAAUUGGAGGCCUCUUUGGGGUUUUUCUGUCUUCUUUUGCCACGAUGAGCAUAUUCACCGGAGGGGUGCUAUUUGUGGUGGGUCAACUCUGCAUGAGGCCAGUGCACCUGCUUUAUUUGUGGUUGGUGUAUUUCCUCUUCCCUUUGUUUUCUCUGCCGUUGCUUCAGAUCAUGCAGCACUUUAUGAGGGUGAAUUCCGUUAAGAUGCAAAUACUGGGUUUUCUGCUGUCCAUGUUCUCUUCCGGGUCAGGGUUCUACUUUUGGGAGAGCCGCUGGAGAUGGAGCCACUUGCUGCUAUUUGGGGCGGUUCAGGGCACCGCAACAGGGCUGCUUCACGCUUUUGGGAGGGUGUUGGUGCUAAACUGUGCGCCUUGCGGGAAAGAAGGUGCGUUCUCGGCGUGGUACGGAUGGGUGAGAUCCGUGGGGCUCUGUGUGGGGUUCACGGUGGGGUCGGUGGCUGCAGGACGCAUUAGGGCCUCUCUUGGGGCCGCGUUUUGCUCUGGUAUUGCUGGUAUUGUUGUUCUUCUGUUUGGGAAUGUGAGUGAUGUCGGAGGUGCUGUUGCUGCUGGCCAUGUCGCUGAGGAUAAUAGUGGUGACAUCAGCGAGAGACCUUCCCAUUCCCAUGUCGUUGCAUCAAGCGGCUUAGAUUCAAAGGAAUCUGUUAGUGUUUGAAACUCCUAUAUCAUCCUUCCCCAUUUAUAAGACAAGCAGCUUACUUGCUUACACCCUCAUGUUCUGCGUCUUAUAUAUGUGACUAUUACAUGAUUCUUUGCAAAUGAUUCCAAUGUUCUUGUUAAAUUGUUUUAGACGUAUCGGUAUUGCCCAAGGUGCUUGUACUUGAUUAAUUUGAAUGAUAUAUAUUGAGAAAAGGAUGUGAUUAUUAUUA